GGAUCGUCUUCGAGAUUAAACUUGUGGUUCAAAAUACACAUGUCAGGAAAUGCAAUAAUACUAAAGUCGAUCUUUUUUUCUUUUAAGGAAUACGUCAGCGAUGCAUAGUAAAGGUCUUUCAUGAUACCUCAAUGGUUCAUUCGAAAUGACAUUCAAUAUUCCCUCCUCUGCCUUUCUUGAUCCAAAGCAUCAUGACGAGCAAAUUUCGUGAUCAAUGGGAAUGUGUCGCCUCUUUCGAUGCGGAUCCGGACAUCGCAGGUCCUGGGGUUAUGACAAGUUUCCUGGUUACCGCGUGGGUCACAUGUCUUGUGGCAUGUAUACAAUUAUAUUGUGUCGUGUCAUCUCGAUUCCGUAUCAAACUUCUUUCUUCUGUGUCGGGAACCACAGCUGAACAUAUUGGCAAAUACACAGUCAAGCUAACGAAAAUUCCCAUCCCAUUAUCUAUCGAACGAAACAUUCCAGGACUUUUAAUCAAAGGCCUUCAUCUCGGCCUUUAUGCCAUUCGAUGUUUGUUAGCUAUGUUUCUAAGUCUCUUUCGCAACUCCCAGCCGCGACUCCAGUUAUUCUCUCAAAUGGCGUUAGAUCGGUUGUGUGAUCUCCAGCUUGUUACAGGAACCGCCAUUAUCAUUGCCGGUAUAGCUGGAUUUCAUCACAUGUCAUUCUAUCACCAAUCUCUUAUUACCAGCUAUUGGCUGCUCACACUUAAUUCGUUUUGGGCUGCUAGAGCCGGAUAUCUCAACUCGGAACACUAUGGUCAUGACAGGAGCUUUUAUUUCUGGACACGUUGGGUCUUCAUACUUAUCAGUGAUCUGCUCUCGAUCUACUACCAGAUUGUUACCACAAUAGAGGCUGAAAACCACUGGGACUCUGAAGAAAGUGGUCAUUGUUAUCUAUCCCACGAACCAUCGCCAACCAAUGCGCAAUAUUUCUGGAUUGUAGGCAUUUCCUUCGAAGUUAUGUAUAUGUUAUUUUAUUCCAUGCAACAGCUUGUACAGUCCUUGUCUCAUAGAUGGCGAUGGCUGAAAGAAUUCGUAAUCUUCAUCGCAGAUACCUCGACCGGUCUAUUUAACGGAGGUCAGCAACGCUCUUUAGAUUUUUGGUUGGUGGUGGAAUCGCACACCUGCCAUUGGCCAAUUCUCCUACGUAUUUUGUUAAAAGUUGUAGAAGCCAUAAGUUACAUGAUCUGGCAUGUAUUUUGGCAGAUUUUGGCGCUAUGGGCAUGGGGCGACAAUGGGUCGGUACUGAUAGUUAUCGGGUAUAUUGGGUUGGCGGCAUGGAAUACCUUUGACGUUAUCGACACAAAGUUGUCUAACCGAAACUUGAUAAUUGGAGAUGAGGAGACUUGGGGGUUUGGGCAGAUUCUGCCACUUGGUUUGCUCGCUCUUAUAUGUUUAGAUUUGCUUGACAUUCUCAAUAAAGCGUAUAAGCAUCAAACCACAACCGUGGUAGCAGAUCUGCAGGCUCAAAAAGGAGAAUUGUCUUUCGUGGGCACAAGAAAUGAAUAUUCGACUUGAGUGUGUUUCUAGAAGCUCAAACGUACUCCUGUUGAUCAUAUCUCCUGCUUACAAACUUCGACGCGACGUUUAGCAUCCGUGAAACAUUUCCAUGAUUACAUCAGUGGCUCAGGCUAUCCAAAGUUAUACUUAAAUAAUCUUAGAAAAUUCUUUAGUCUUUUGCCUCUGCGAUACUUGUCUGGAAGUCUUAUCCCGCCUUCAGAUAUGUAUAUAGAUCCCGGUGGUCUGUGCUAUUGACUAGAUUAUUCUUUCCAAAUUCAAAGAUAUUGAUUUAGCAUUACAUCAAUCCCAGACGAUGAACGGAUGCAAAUUUAUAUGAGCGCCCAUACAUACUUGUGUGGUUUGCGUUAGCUAGUAGCCUAAAGACAUUAGUAUACUUGAACAUAUAAGUAUCAUUAUUGAAAUGAACUUUUUCAUCCAUGGCUUUCCGUAAUGUUUGAGACCAAUUGAACUACA